AUGUCGUCGUUAAAAAGAUCCGCCAAAGUUGGUCAAAGAACCCAUCGCGAGCGCUCACAGCCUGAAGCAAGAGCACAAUUGGGUCACUUGGAGAAGCGUAAGGACUAUCUGCAACGAGCGAAGGACUACAAUGUAAAAAAGGAGAAGUUACGUAAACUGAAGAGGGCAGCGCUGGAUAAGAAUCCGGAUGAGUUCCAUUUUCAUAUGGUUCGAAGUCGUAUUGAGGAUGACGGCGUUCAUCAUGAACUGACACCCGAAGCUGACGAGGAUACAAAACUGCAGAAGAAAUUAUCCAGUGUAAAGGACUUGAAAUAUGUACGACAUCGACUGAAUGUUGAGAAUAAGAAAAUCGAAAAGCUGCGGGCCACUCUUCAUUUUGCUGACAUUGCGGUGAACAGUAAUCAACAUACGAUAUUCGUUGAUACAGAAGAAGAGGCCAAGAAAUUCGAUCCAAUAAAAUAUUUUGACACUCCGGAGCAGCUUAUCGAUCGUCGGUACAAUAGACCUCGAACGAGCACAUUGGAGAAUCAGUCAGUUAUAAAUGCGAUGAGCAAAGCAGAUGUGCAGGUUCGUUCUCGACAAUACGUUUCGUAG